UAAUUGAUUGAGAUAUUCUCCUCAACUGUAAAAGUUGAUUUGGACAUCACCUUAGCUGAAUUGGUCAACUCUUUUAUAACUCGUACAUACAUCAAUUCAAUUCUGGUUAAAAUCGCCACCAAUCCUGCUGCCUAUAUUUAAUACCACUAGCUGUCUCUUGCCAAAUAAUUUUUGCAAAUGGCUCCGAGCAAACAAGUAUCUCAGGAAAUUUUGCCUUACCUUCGACUGUAUACUGAUGGAACCGUCGAGAGAUUUGUAGGAACAGAAGUUACACCUCCAGGCUUGGAUGCCGAAACUGAUGUUUUAUCCAAAGACAUUUCUAUCACCACUCCACAAACCACUCUCUCAGCUAGGCUUUAUCGGCCCAAUUCCAUUAACAACAGCCAAAAGCUUACACUUCUAGUCUACUAUCACGGUGGAGCCUUUUGUAUAGCAUCACCGGCGGAACCCAAGUACCAAUGUUGCCUCAAUAGGCUAGUUUCUCAAGCUAAAAUUAUCGCUAUCUCGGUGGACUACAGGUUAGCCCCAGAAGACCCGCUUCCAACUGCAUACGAGGAUUCAUGGGAUUGUCUCAAAUGGGUAUUGGCUCACGUAAGUGGUGGCACCGAAGAAUGGCUCGAGCAUUAUGCAGACUUUGAACGGGUGUUUUUAGCAGGAGACAGUGCUGGCGCUAACAUUGCACACCACUUAGCCUUGCGGAUCAAUAAUGACUCGAAUCUGCAGUGUCCAAAAAUGAAGAAGCUUCAAGGCAUAGCUAUGGUCCAUCCCUAUUUCUGGGGAAAAGAUCCAAUUGGAGAAGAGAUGAAUGAUAGUGUGAGAAAAUCAAUGGUAGAUAAUUGGUGGAUGUUUGUUUGCCCCUCUGACAAAGGGUGUGAUGAUCCGUACAUUAACCCGUUUGUGAAAGAAGCCCCAAGUCUUAAAGGGUUGGCUAGUGAGAGUGUGCUUGUUUUGGUUGCAGAGAAAGACAUAUUACGUGAAAGAGGGAAGCUUUAUUACGAAAACUUGAUGAAGAGUGGGUGGCAAGGAAAAGCGGAGAUUGUGGAAACAAAAGGAGAAGAUCACGGUUUUUAUAUCUUUAACCCUGAUUGCGAAAAUGCUUGUCUCUUGAUCAAGCGGUUGGCUUCUUACAUCAACCGAGCAUAGGACACUGUUGUUCUAUGUUGGAGAUCUAAAUUAAUUUGUGUUAGCUGCUGCUCUUGUGUACCUUUACUGCUAAUUUGUGUUAGCUGCUGCUCUUGUGUACCUUUACUGCUAUAUGUCCAAUACCCAUAUAUCAGAAUUUUACUUUUCACUGGUUAAAA